CUCUCAGGUGUACACACAAACAGUAUUGAAAGAAAUCAGGAAAAGAGUGGUUCGGAACAGGAUAUAUUGAGAAGAAAAGAUUAUGAGCAGUGUGUGGUGAAGGAAGAAAAGUCGAAUGUAGAGCAGCAAGAGAGGAAGAGGCGUUACAGAGGAGUGAGAGAGAGACCCUGGGGCAAAUGGGCUGCAGAAAUCAGAGACCCUAACAAAAGAGUUCGUGUUUGGCUCGGCACUUUCUCCACACCAGAAGAUGCAGCCAAAGCCUACGACGAUGCUGCUUUGAAAUUCAGGGGCAGGAGAGCCAAACUGAACUUUCCAGAGGAAGCCUCCCUCUGUGUGAAUUCAAAUCAGAAAAAUGUUGAGAAUGGUAGCAGUAUGAAUAAUCCAAGAUUAACAGAUUCCUUUUUGCCACCAACUCAUGAAAUGCCAGGCUUGCCGCGGGUCGCCGCUAAUUCUGACUUGCUUUAUUCCGCACCAUGUUUGUCUGAAUUCGCCGACAUUUGGGAGAAUAUACAAGUAGUCAAUAAUGAUGGCUACCUGCCUUAUGAUGUUUGUCAGCGGUAUUCUGGAUUUACAAGGCAGCAGCGACGCCAGCUGGCUGCAUUGUCCAUCAAAAGUUAGGGCAUGAGCAAUUUAUUAGGUGAAUUGUAAUUUGUUUCAACCAAGUCUGGGUUUUAGAUC